AGAGAGAGUGGAGAACGUGUGCAUCAGUGCAGAGUGCUGCUGGAGCCCUGGCAGAGCGAGAGGGAGGCAGAGGGAGCCUGAGAGAGAAAAGGCGAAGUGGUGGGAGCUGGAACAGCAGCAUCUGCUGCUGCUGCACGCUGCAGCUCCUGCCUGGGAGCCGGCUCUGCUGCCAGCACGCCUCUCUGAGGGAGCAGGUGCCUCACAUCCAAAACUCCUAGGUGGUCAGUGGCACUUCCAGGAGCCAAGCAAGGCGGCUUUAUUCUUUUCUUUUCCUGCCAAGAGCACCUGUUUGAGGACUCCGCUUCUUUUCCUGGACUGAAAGCAUACUUGCCUCCUGCUGUGUGCACUCCUCCUGGUGUCGGACGGUGCCCCCAUGGAUGCCCCCAUACAGAUUUUCCGUGAGGAGCCAGACUCCACCUGCUCCCCAGGGCCCUGCCGGCCCCCCAGCACCAGCAGCAGCUGGCUCCCGGGCUGGGCAGACUAUGACACCAACGCCACUGGGGCCUUUGGGAACGGCCAGCACAACCACACCAGCAUCUCCCCCGCCAUUCCCAUCAUCAUCACCGCCGUCUACUCGGUGGUCUUCGUUGUGGGCUUGGUCGGAAACGCCCUGGUCAUGUUUGUCAUCAUAAGGUACACGAAGAUGAAGACAGCAACCAACAUCUACAUCUUCAACCUGGCUAUGGCAGAUGCACUUGUUACCACGACCAUGCCUUUCCAAAGCACUGAGUACCUGAUGAACUCCUGGCCCUUUGGUGAUGUGCUGUGUAAAAUAGUGAUUUCUAUUGACUAUUACAACAUGUUUACCAGCAUUUUCACGCUCACCAUGAUGAGUGUGGAUCGGUACAUUGCUGUGUGUCACCCUGUGAAGGCUCUGGACUUUCGUACACCUCUCAAAGCAAAGAUAAUCAACAUCUGUAUCUGGCUGCUGUCCUCAUCUGUUGGUAUAUCAGCAAUAGUUCUUGGAGGCACCAAAGUCAGGGAAGAUACCGCUAGCACUGAAUGCUCCUUGCAGUUUCCAGACAGAGAUUAUGUGUGGUGGGACAUCUUCAUGAAAAUCUGUGUCUUUGUCUUUGCGUUUGUUAUUCCAGUUCUCAUUAUAAUUGUUUGCUAUACUCUGAUGAUUCUGCGCCUGAAAAGUGUGCGGCUUCUCUCCGGCUCUCGGGAGAAAGACCGAAACCUGCGCCGCAUCACCAGGCUGGUGCUUGUGGUUGUGGCAGUCUUUAUCAUCUGCUGGACCCCAAUUCACAUUUUUGUGCUGGUGGAGGCCUUAGGGGACGUGUCCCACAGCACUGCUGCCAUAUCCAGCUAUUACUUCUGCAUUGCUCUGGGUUACACCAACAGCAGCCUCAACCCAAUCCUUUAUGCCUUUUUGGAUGAAAACUUCAAGAGAUGCUUCAAGGACUUCUGCUUCCCCUUCAAGAUGAGGAUGGACAGGCAGAGCACCAGCAGAGUCAGAAACACUGUGCAAGACCCAGCUUACAUGAGAGAAGCAGGUGGGGCAAACAAACCUGUAUGACUAGUUGUGGAAAUGUCCUCUUACUGUCCUCAGGAGAGGGAGGAGUCCAAUGACCUAGGACUGACACAGAUUACCACUGCAGUUUGAAAUCGACUCACCCAGACAGACAUUUCUGGAAUAUUUCAGAAAUCCCAUCAGUUUGAACUAAUGCAAGUUUAUUAUUGAUAAACAAGAAUCUCCUGUAAAUCAGCUCAAAGGAGAAGGACCUGGUUGAUGGUCAGGUUUUGGCACCAUAUCUGCUGUACUUGAGCCAGCACUAAAACACACAUUUGCAGAGUGAAGAGAUUGUGUUGCACCAGGUGAUUCCGGAUAAGAAUAGUUCUCACUUUUCUCUUUACAAUAUGUAACAUUGCAAAAGGCAACAUUUGGUCAUAAAACUGAACUGUACCAGAAACUUCUGCCCCAACAGUGAUUGCUUCUAAAGUACGGAGUUUGACAACUUGAUCCUCUUUAACAGUGAAGAGUGCUAGGUUUCUGUGAACAGUGCCACAGCUAUAAUCAAUAUUGUCCUCAAUUAAUAUAUCUGUAACCCUUGUUUGUGUUGUGAAAAUCCAAUUUGAGCAUGAUCUACCCACACACCAAAGUGAUUUUAUUGUCUGUGUAUGGUCAAGCCUUUUGGCAUUCAAAAAUACUGGAAUUUAAUGGGAAUUGUUAUCACAUGUUUAAUCAUCUCUGUGUAAUGUUUUGUAUGUGUGAUUUUCCAAGAUGGUUGUUUCUUUAUUGAGUCUGAAUAAUAUAAUAUGCAUUUUCAGAGUGUAUAUUGAACAAGAGGCUAGAAAACUUCAAAUGUUUCACUUGUUACAAAAUUGAUGAAAAGUUGUGUUAUAUUCAUUACAUGGAGGAAACACUCUCAUGUGUAACUUGUUUUCCUGGACAGUAUGUAAGCAGACUGAAAUAAAUAUUUGACAAAUUAGAAACAA